GACCUGAAGCUGUCCUGCAUUUCUUUUUCUUCUCUCGUUCUCUCUUAUAUACAAAAUCCAACAUUCCAAACAUGAUAACCUUGCAAUCAUGGAGUCCCCCGCACACCUACCAAACUGUGCCCGAAUCCCAAGAAACAUCACUUUAUCUUUUUCUUAAUUUCUUCUUCUUUGCCGUUGACUGACUUCUUCUCUUCUUCUAAAAUCUAAAUCAGCUUCUCUUCACUUUUCCAAAGCUUCCCCUUUAAAUAUAAUGGAAGCUAUAGCACAUUUCUGAAUUAAACUCAGUAGAGGGUUCCACGCUCAUGGCAUACAACACUAAUCUACACAGCAGCCACAAUCCCUCCACCCCAGGUUGGGAUCUUCACAGCCUUGGAGUUUUCAACACAGACAUGUCCUUAAUUAUGGAGACAAGUACACCCUUCUUACCAUUAGCUGAUUUUUCAUCAACUGGGUAUCUUCAAGAUGCUUUAAUGGAAUGGAAUGAUCGGUGUAAGAGAAGACGCUUGCAGUUAUAUGAUAAUGAUCAAGAUCAAAGAACAAGCUUGCAGAACUACUGGAGCUCAAAUUGGACUGGGGAGACACUGAAGAAUUUUAACUGUCCAAGUAAAAUAACUGAAGCCAGUGGAAUUUCAGGGGAACCCUUCAACUCUUCAAUUAGUAGUAUCAGUGAUGGAGAAAAUAUUUUCUCAGAGAUCAAAACAAUAGAAGACUACUCAGUGUCAGGCCCUGAAACAUAUAAUUCUCUUUCUUGCAUGCAAGACAGAGAGACACAAAUUUCAAGUGAUCCUGUGUCAGCCUCAGGUGUUGCAGAGAGUGGCCUUAAGAGGAAAAAGAAAGUGAUUACAGGAGUGGUUUACCCAUUUGCAUUAGUGAAGCCUGGAGGAGUAGAUGGUGACAUGACCCUUAAUGAUAUCAAUGAGAGGAUCCUCAUGCCACCAACCAGACCGGUCAAGCACCCAGUGGGAGACUUUGCUGGUCGUCCAUGUGUGUCUCCUGAUGGUCCUGGUCUCUCAGGGAAAGCAGUGGUGGCCCUAACCAAAAUCCAGACUCAAGGAAGAGGAACCAUCACAAUUAUCAGAACCAGAGGUUAAGGAAAUAGAUUAAAGGGUUCUUGUUUUAGCUUAAUUGUAUAGUAACUAUAGAUACAAAGAAACUGAGUUUUUUUUGCAGUGUAUCAAUUUUCAAAC